CCCGCCGCCGUCAAAACCGCGGCCGGGGGAUCGCGUUCUUUCCUCCCUCCGCCGGCGGCGGGGCCUUUCCGAGGGAGAACCGAGCUCGCCGUACCCUCGCACCCGGGAGCUGCGCCGCCAGUCACGGGUUCGGCUGCUCAGGUGGUCGCGGCCAAGGGGCGAGAAAGAAGGGACUACUUUCCUCCGAGGCCGCGCAUGCGCAGGAGGGAGGAGCGAGGGCGCGGCGGGAGACGCGGGCGCCGCCUCGUUGGCCGCCAGCGCGGGCGGUGCUGCGUCCCGGGGUGAAAUCGCUGCGCGCAGUAGGACCGCGAGGGGAGCCGCGGUCGCCAUUUUGUAAGCGGUUGUUGGGGGAGGCGGCGUGUGCGCUCCUCUGUCUGCCCGGUCUCGGCCCCGCGCCCGCUCGCCCGCCCGCUCUCCGCGCUCCGGCCCUCCACCGCCGCAGCCAUUGCUGACCUUGCCAUGUCCGGAGGGGGCGUGAUCCGCGGCCCAGCCGGCAACAACGACUGCCGCAUCUACGUGGGGAACCUGCCCCCCGACAUCCGCACCAAGGACAUCGAGGACGUCUUCUACAAGUACGGGGCCAUCCGCGACAUCGACCUCAAGAACCGCCGCGGGGGCCCGCCUUUCGCCUUCGUCGAGUUUGAGGACCCCAGGGACGCGGAGGACGCCGUCUACGGGCGGGACGGCUACGAUUACGAUGGGUAUCGCCUCCGCGUGGAGUUCCCUCGGAGCGGCCGGGGCACCGGUAGAGGCGGCGGAGGUGGCGGAGGGGGUGGAGCCCCCCGGGGCAGGUACGGCCCCCCGUCCCGGCGCUCGGAGUACAGAGUGAUCGUCUCGGGGCUGCCUCCAAGUGGAAGUUGGCAGGAUUUAAAGGAUCACAUGCGUGAAGCAGGUGAUGUAUGUUAUGCUGAUGUUUUCCGAGAUGGCACUGGUGUCGUGGAGUUUGUACGGAAGGAAGAUAUGACCUACGCUGUGCGAAAACUGGAUAACACUAAAUUUAGAUCUCAUGAGGGAGAAACUGCCUACAUCCGUGUUAAAGUUGAUGGCCCAAGAAGUCCAAGCUAUGGAAGAUCUCGGUCACGCAGCCGUAGUCGUAGCAGAAGCCGUAGUCGAAGCAACAGCAGAAGCCGCAGUUAUUCCCCAAGAAGAAGCAGAGGAUCUCCACGCUACUCUCCCCGCCACAGCAGAUCCCGAUCUCACAUAUCUGAAGAGAUGGAUUAAGAAUGCUUUGGAUUAAAGGAUUGUGGAGCACAUGUCAAUCAUUUUAGGAUUGUCAAAAGGAGGAUUGAGGAGGAUCAGAUCAAUAAUGGAGGCAAUGGUAUGACUCCAAGUGCUAUUGUCACAGAUGAACUUGGCAGUAUUGACCUUAUACUGAGAGACAGGUUAAUUGAGUAUGUGCACCUACGUGUCACUUCAGGCAUGUUCUAGUUACCGCAGACUACAAUUGCUCUUUUCUUUAAAACUUUUGUGGGGGGGCAAUUGUGGCUAAAUACUUGCUUUUGUAAUUCUCUAUUUCAUUCUAGUUUUUUAAAGGAAUAAAGUGGGACGGGGGUGGGAGUAUUGGUUUACUUUGUCAUGCAGCAUUUGGUUACAAGUGUUAAUGUUAUGUAGUAUUCGUACACUUGUAGUAGAUCAAGGGUAUCUUUAAAUCAGAGUAUAAUAUCAAUACUGCUAAAAUCUGCAUGUCCUCUGUGUGACUGAUACAGCGUUGCUAUUUCAUUUUUUUAAGUAUCAGAAUGAAAGCAAAAAUAGAAAACCUAGUUGGGAGUAAUUUCUUAAGUCUCAGCCCUGCCCCCUCAGACUAAUUGACUCACCGAUAUGUUUGAAAACUCUGGUUAGUUAAUUCUGUUACCUUCCAGCUGGGAGUGCUAGCUAUAGUUCAGACAUACAGUAGGUGGAUAGCUUUAGCAGUAAGCUUUUCCAGUUUCAUGAACAUUUUUUGCAACCACAAAACCGGUAGCACACCACCGUACGAGCAAUGAGUAUGUUGGCAUUUUCAGUUGACAUAUUGUAAAUAUUACAAUGUUUCCUCCAAGUAGUAAUUAAUAUUUCUAAAAAUUAUCUGAGCAUCACCAUUCAAAAGUUUGUUUUGGGGAAUUGAUAGUUAUUAAUGUACAUCUGUAUUAAUUGAUGGCAAACAUAACUGAUCAUUCCCCAGAAUCCUAUUUUUUCAUUACAGUAUCUAACUUUUUGCCUCCUCUUUUUUGGUUUUGCUGGUUAUAAAGGUUUGGAUUGGAGAGGGCUCACUGGAUCCCAAUCCUUGGAGCUGGAUCAUUGGAUUCAAAUCAUAAUGUGGAUAGGAUAGGGAGGCUGAAUUACAAGGAUUCAUGGAGCGGGAUCAAAUUACCAGGAACAUAGGAGUGGAUUCCUGCCCCAACCAAACCGCAUUCGUGUGGAUUUUUUUUAUUCAACUCAAUUGGCUAUUCCAAAGAUUUUUUUUUCCUAUUUUUGACGAUUGGAGCCCUUAAGAUGCACGAUGGAGUUUUUCAUUUUUUUGGUAAAAGGAGCAAAGCAAGGACCUGGAGAGGUACGCUGGAGCAAUCUCCUUGGAAGGAUUCAGCACGAGUAGAUGGUAAAUGUUAAAGGGGAAAAAGGGGGGUUUGUUUAAAAAAAAAAAAGUAAAUAAGUCAUUUCUCUAAAUUUAAAGACAAAAAUUGGAGUUAAAGAUUGAGUAGGUUUUCAAUUGGCUAUUGCCUUUUUUCUUUGACAAAUAAAAUUUUUAAAAAAAAACAUGCAUGGUUGUCAUCAUUUGUUGCCAAGAGUCUUAGUCUUCGCUUGCCACUGUAGCAUUGUUAAAUCGCAAGUUUUCAGACAAAAGGCUUUUGUGUUCAACAGAGAUGUAGUGUUUCACAGGAAGCGUUGAUGUUUGAGCUUCUCCUGAAUAAAGGAUCAGUUCCCUAGGAAA